AUGAUCAGAUACACCCUGCAGGAGCAUCCCUCAUACGUCCCACUGGUGCGUCGCGCCUAUGAGCUGUGGCAUCAACUGGAGAACGCAUCCCGCGAGCGCCUCCUCGUGACAACUGGGUCCAUUCGCGCUGGACAUGCAGAAAGCGAAUAUUUCCAGGGUGCGGUGGCCGCCUGCGAGGAACACAAUAUCCCCUACGAGGUCCUGACAGGCCCAGAGACCAGCAGGCGUUUCCCUGGCUACAACUUUGGCCACGACAUAGCCUCCGUUUACCAGGCGGAUGGGGGCUUUCUCUUGCCGGAGCGUUGCAUCGUGAAUCACGCCAAUGCAGCCUUGGAGGCCAGCGCCGAGAUUCACGGCCGUGAGCGCGUCAUGGACUGGGAACCCUCUGGAGAAGGUGUUGUGGUCCGCACCAGUCGUGGCAGUUACCGCGCGGCGAGGCUGGUUGUCACCGCCGGUGCCUGGGCGUCAAAGAUUGCGUCGGCAUUGGGGCAAUACGCCGUGGCCGAACGGCAGGUGUUGGGGUGGUUCCAACCGGAGAGACCAGAGCUAUUUCCGAACUGA